UGAGUGCGGAGUGACAGCAGGAGCCCCGGCGCCGGGCGCGGGGCUCGGUGACAGCGGAGGCGGCGGCCGCCGGCUGGACGUAGGGAGCGGCGGCGGCGCCGACGGCAGAAGGAAGGGCGGACAGGGGCGGGCCUCCCUGGUGGCGCGGAGCCUGAGGAGCCCGGGAGGGGGUGGCCGGCACAGCUCUCGGGCCGGACACCUGAACUUGGGACAAGUUGCCGGAGCCGCGGGGCGCGGGCGGCGGACGGAUUGACCUUCAUAGUUAGGGAGCCAGCGGCCACCAUGGCGUCACGCAUCGGCCUCCGCAUGCAGCUCAUGCGCGAGCAGGCGCAGCAGGAGGAGCAGCGGGAACGCAUGCAGCAGCAGGCCGUCGUGCAUUACAUGCAGCAGCAGCAGCAGCAGCAGCUGGGGGCGCCGCCCACCCCCGCCAUCAACACCCCCGUCCACUUCCAGUCUCCGCCACCCGUGCCCGGGGAGGUGCUGAAGGUGCAGUCCUACCUGGAGAACCCCACCUCCUACCACCUGCAGCAGUCCCGGGACCAGAAGGUGCGGGAGUACCUGUCUGAGACCUACGGGAACAAGUUUGCUGCCCACAUCAGCCCUGCUCAGGGCUCCCCAAAGCCCCUGCCAGCCGCCUCCCCGGGCGUGCGGGCCGGACACGUGCUGUCGUCCUCAGCCGGCAACAGUGCUCCCAACAGCCCCAUGGCCAUGCUGCACAUCGGCUCCAACCCUGAGCGGGAGUUUGAUGUCAUCGACAACAUUAUGUGUCUGGAUGAUGUCCUGGGCUUCAUCAAUCCCGAAACUCAGAUUCCCAAUACGCUGCCCCUGUCCAGCAGUCACCUAAAUGUGUACAGUGGAGACCCCCAGGUCACCACCUCCCUGGUGGGCGUCACCAGCAGCUCCUGCCCAGCCGACCUGACCCAGAAGCGAGAGCUUACAGAUGCUGAGAGCCGGGCCCUGGCCAAGGAGCGACAGAAGAAAGACAAUCACAACCUCAUUGAAAGGAGACGGAGGUUCAACAUCAAUGACCGCAUCAAGGAGCUGGGAAUGCUGAUCCCCAAGGCCAACGACUUGGAUGUGCGCUGGAACAAGGGCACCAUCCUCAAGGCCUCUGUUGAUUACAUCCGGAGGAUGCAGAAGGACCUGCAGAAGUCCCGGGAGCUGGAGAACCACUCUCGGCGCCUGGAGAUGACCAACAAGCAGCUCUGGCUCCGCAUCCAGGAGCUGGAGAUGCAGGCUCGAGUGCACGGCCUCCCCACCACCUCACCCUCGGGCAUGAACAUGGCUGAGCUGGCCCAGCAGGUGGUGAAGCAGGAGCUACCCAGCGAGGAGGGUCCGGGGGAGGCCCUGCUGCUGGGCGCCGAGGUCCCCGACCCUGAGCCACUGCCGGCUCUGCCCCCCCAGGCCCAGCUGCCCCCGCCAGCCCAGCCAGCCCAGCCACCGUCCCCAUUCCACCACCUGGACUUCAGCCACAGCCUGAGCUUUGGGGGCGGGGGCAACGAAGGGCCCCCGGGCUACCCCGAACCUCUGGGGCCGGAGCAUGGCUCCCCGUUCCCCAACCUGUCCAAGAAGGAUCUGGACCUCAUGCUCCUGGACGACUCACUGCUGCCGCUGGCCUCCGACCCCCUCUUCUCCACCAUGUCCCCCGCGGCCUCCAAAGCCAGCAGCCGCAGGAGCAGCUUCAGCAUGGAGGAGGGCGACGUGCUGUGACCGGGGCCACGGGGGUGGGCCUGGGGGGGGGAGAGCCAGGGCCACCUCCCUCCCACCCUCCAGCCUGUACUUGUGUGUGAAGUAGCCCCUGCCCUGCCUCACUCCGCCCUGUCGGCCCCCUGUUUGGGCUUAGUGCCCUUGGCAGUCCGUGGGGUCGGAAGCCCCCCACCCAGGGGCAGCCCUCUUGAUGGGGCUGGGCAGAAAUAGGCCUUCAGCCCGGCUCCCGGAGGUGAAAUCAUGAGGGUGAGGGAGGAUACAGGGUGUGCUGGAGGUAAGACGAGGUCUUACCUUCUGAGCCUGGUCCCCCCACCGAUGAAGGAGGACUCGUUGGAACCAGGGGUCCAGAGGUUCCUUCUUGGAGGCAGUGACUGGUCCAGGGGGUGCCCAGGCCUGCCUUUCUGGACUCUGAUGGCAACAAGCCCGUCCUCCAGCCUGGCACUCCCCGCACCCCCCUUUGGUGCUGACAGCUCUCCACCAAGUGGUGUGAGGGCGGGGGUGGCCAGAAGAGGAGGCGCUGGGUUCAAGUUAGAGUGGGGUCACUGCUGGAAGAGCAGCUCCCCUCCAGUCUCCCCACUUUGUGCCUUUAGUAAACACUGUGCUUUGUA